AUGACUAAUGACAUAAGAAUCUCUUUUAACAAAAACGUACGACAGCUUCAGAUUAAUUCCGGCCCAUCUCAGUCAGUUUUAACUGAUUUGUGUUAUGAGCUAAUGCCAAUUCCGAUUCUAGUCGAUCUCCAUCCCGAUUGUAAUCACUUACGAAGUGUUCUAACAUUGGACUUGGAAUUUAUUCGACGCGGAAUUCUUGCAUCCUUAACCACUGUGUCGUCGACCUGGAUGAAAUGA